AAACAGCGUUCAGGACCAGCUCUCCUGUUCGCAUCGAUGAUUGACGGUUAAGAUGUAGGUGUUUACACAGCGUAUAGUCGGCUCUCGGCGUGCGUGUAGGUGUGUUGUUUGAUGUAGAGGGGCACAGUAACUGCACUGGUUCAUGUUCGGUUGAGCCCACACCCUGUGCUUGUGUGGGUGUUGUUGGUCGUAGCUUUAGCUAGAGGUGUAGGCGAUUGGAGAUUAUAUGCUCUGCACGUUAGACCGUGAGAGAAAGAGAGAGAGAGAGAGGGAAAGCUGUGCUGUAGGCCGCCAGCUCAAGGCAGAAAUGGCUGCUUGCGGAUGACUCAUACUCCAGCACUCCGAGUGUUUGUCAAGGAGACUGAAUCAUACAGUGUGUGAAGAGGAGGCUUUCUCCCUGCUUUCUGGACACAGACAUGCUCGGUCUCCGUCCUCCUGAGCACGCCCGGGAGAUGCUCGCCCCACCGAUGCUGUGAGCGCUGCUGCUAGAUACGCAGAGAUGACCGAGAGCAGUCGUGACAGUUACAUUGUGCGCGUCAAAGCGGUGGUCAUGACCCGAGAUGACUCGAGUGGGGGAUGGCUAGCACAGGAAGGUGGGGGCCUCAGCAGGGUGGGCAUCUGUAAGGUGAUUCCUGCUGAGCUGCCUGGCCGCAGCGACUUUCUCAUCCAUGGCGAGCGCCUCAAAGACAAGCAGGUGAUUUUGGAAUGUUUCGUGAGGAAAGAUCUGAUCUACACCAAGGCCACGCCCACAUUUCACCAUUGGAAGGUCGACAACAAAAAAUGCGGCCUGACGUUCCAGAGCCCCGCCGAUGCCCGUGCCUUUGACAGAGGUGUGCGGAAAGCCUUGGAGGACAUAACGGAGGGCUCCACAACUUCCUCUUCAACACUCCAGAAUGAGGCUGAACUUGGGGACGAUGAUGUGUUCACAACUGCCACCGACAGCUCCUCGAACUCAUCUCAAAAGAAGGAGAUCUCUACACAGCUAGUGGCCACCUCCACCUUCUACGAGCCUCAUCUACAUCGCUGUAUUCUGCAGUACAGACCACCUGAGCGCUACAGCCUAGAUCAGAAGUUCUCCAGCAGGAACCCCUUCCCGUUUGAGGACGAGGAGAUCGUCCGAAUCAACCCCCGGGAGCGCUGGCUGAUCACAGGCUACGAGGACUAUCGAUACGCCGCCGUGCCGGACAAGUUCACCCAACCCUCGGACUCGGACUCGUACGUUCACAUCGCUAAGAACGAACCCUUAAAGCAUGACUACAGCUACCCCUACGUGCCCAGCUCCGACUUCAGCCAGUGCGACCUCAAGAGCCACUGCGGAGGCGUAGUGGCCACCCAGCCGCCGGCGUUCAAGCUCAAGGGCAAGCGAAGGAAAGAGGACGGAGAGCGAUCACGCUGCGUCUACUGUCGGGACAUGUUCAACCAUGAGGAGAACCGGCGCGGGCAGUGCCACGACGCCCCUGACCCCAUCCGGACCUGCAUCCACCGGGUCAGCUUCAUGUGGUGCGCCGACAGCAUGCUCUACCACUGCAUGUCCGACCCGGAGGGAGAGUACUCGGACCCGUGCUCGUGCGACUCCAGCGAGGAGCGUUUCUGCCUCCGCUGGACGGCCCUUCUGGGUCUGUCGCUGUUGGCGCCUUGUCUGUGCUGCUACCCUCCGCUCCAUGUGUGCCACCGCUGCGGCGUGGCCUGCGGUUGCUGCGGAGGGAAGCACAAGGCCGUCGGCUGAACGAACCCUAAACACGCCCCUUGGAACGCUAGCACUGAGAUGCGCAGGAGCAGACUGUACUUCACUUUACGUUCUCUCCUAGCUCCAGAAAACAGUUGGUGCAUUGAAAACGUUCUCUCUUAGUUGUUUUUAUAAAUAUGAAAGUAUAUAUAUAUGUGUAUGUUCUUUUCUUUUCCUUUUGUUGUGGAUGCUUCUCUCAGUUCCUCGGCUCUCCUGGAGCCCUCAUGUCAUUGCAUUACUUAUGCAGGUACUUUAUAUUUUUUACACUGAUUUGACUUUUCAAGAACUUGAAUCGCUUGUUGUUUAUACGGCGCGCAGUCGUUUGGGAGGAAGUUGCUGUUUACUCUUCCUGAACAGGUCCGUACAUAAACUGGCAUUUAUAUCCCAAGCCCUUUAACCGUUCAGAACAAUAACAGUGAGAUUAGCUCGAGACACUAAAAAAAGUCGGAAACGUCCGUUUGUAGUGCGAUUGUGGGAGAGCGUGUCGAUGCAUGCAUGCGUGUUGUAAAGGAAUGAUAACAUUGUAUCACAGCAUAGUAUUGUCGUUAUUAUAUUUAAGCCAAAUUUACAUAAGCUGCAUCCGGAGUAUAUGUAAAUACUGUAUGUGUUUCAAAUCGAACUAUUGUAAUCAUCUUCAAGAGCCACAGCUGCGCUUCAGACAUGGGACAUUCGCCUUAGAGUUGACUUCUUUUGGACGCGAGGGUGGCUUUUGAGUCUGAUGCAUAUUUGAUAUCCAAAGAUUAUUUUUGUCAUAUUUAUUCUCGCAGUUAAUCGAAUCACCAGCCAAAGGAAGGAAAAUAAAAAUUGAGAGAGAAAUCAUCAGACUGUAGGCAAAAAAGCACAUCCAUAUGGACAAAGAGAGGAGUUUCCAGUGAGCCCACGCUGCUUCACCUGCAAAAAAUAAAUAAAUAAAUAUAUUUUUUUUAAACAUCAUAAUUUUUGUCUUGUAAAACAUAAUCUAAAUAUCCUCAUAACAAAUUACUUAAGAAAAUAUACCCGGAUUUGGGAAUGCUAUCAGACGAUUAAUCGUGAUUAAUCAAAUCAAAAAUAAAUGUUUUUGUUUACAUAAUAUAUGUGUGUGUGCUGUGUAUAUUUUGUAUGUAUAUACAAAUGCACACAACCACACACACACACACACACACACACACACACACACACACACAUACAGUAUCUAUAUAUAUAUAUAUACACACACAUAUAUUAUGUAGACAAAAACUUUUAGUUUGGAAGUAAUUAAUCGGUUGACAGCACUAGAAUUUGGUUGGAUUUGACCUAUUUUUUGUUUAUUUAUUUACAUAUUUAUGUUUAUUUAAACAAACCUCACACAGUUUUAUUAAAUUAUACGAAGACCUGCACGUGGCAUGCAAGAAAAAAUAAAUAAAUUGUGCGCACAAUUUAUUAAUUCGUUCCCUCAGUGUAAUAAAAAAUACAAAUGAUUAAUAUUCUGUUCCCUCGAUUUAAAAAAUUCUGCGCACGAUUUACUAAUUCGUUUGCUCAGUGUACUAAAUCUUGCACACAAUUACUGUUUCGUUCCCUCGAAUUACUUUAGGGAAAGAAUUAGUAAAUCGUGCGCACAAUUUUUUAAAUCGAGGGAACUAAAUGGUAAAUGUGUGCAAGUUUUAGUACAUCGAGGGAACAAAUUCGUAAAUCAUGCGCACAAUUUUUUAAUCGAGGGAAGUAAUAGUAAUAGUAAUCGUGCACAUGAUUUAGCCUGCUAUUUUUUCCUGCAUGACAUGUGCUUUGCUUCGUAGAUAUUUGCUUACAACAAGAAAAAAAAGGAAACAAGUCGAUACAAAAUAAUAGUUUGUACAGUUUUGCUUCUCAUGUAAUCCUUGUUUGUUUCAUUCAACUGUUGAGAUAUUUUACUGGAAAACAAGACAAAAAUAUGAAUGAAUGAAAUUAUUUUAUGCUGUCUACUCGAUUUUGUUUAUUCUCCAGAGGGAAAAAACACUAAAGCGCUAUAUAUUUCUUUCCCCUUAUUGACAGAUGGCUCAUAAUUUGUUUCUAGAAAAUGGAAGGAAUUGGAUUCUCAAAGACGUUUUACCUGUUCUCUAAGAAAAGCAAAAGGAAACACAAAAAUAAGCUUGAUUUUAAGGAUGCUUUAUAGAGGGACGUUUUCCAAACCGAUCUCCAGUUUCUUCAUGACAAUAACUCAACGCCUUAAUUUUUGAGAGGACAUUAAAACGAAUCAAUGCAGUUCCUCAAAAAAGAGAAAAAAGUGAAAAGAUAUUUUUUAAUGUAUAAAACCCCAAUAGAUAUGCCUUAUGUGUGUGAGCAGUAAAGAGUGUACAGUAUAUGUGCGUCAGAUGCUUCUUCAGUGACAGCGAGAAACUCUUCAAAAUAAAGGUUCUUUAAUGGUUUGUUGCAGAAUACUUCUCCUCAAUUUAAAGGUCAAAACAAAUUCUUGAUGUUACGUUAUUGGUAUAAAGAUUCCGUUCGGAAUCGCAUGCUACUCUCACAUAGUUUUUUUGUUUUUUGUUGUUGUUGUAUGCAACAUUCACCGGAUUUGACUUGACCCUCUGUUUUCAGUGUGAUUUUCAGGCCUGUUCACGUUAUGAAUUAUUACUAUUGUCCACACCAUCUGACUCUGAUUGGCUGUCAAUGGUUAUUAAAACUUUAUAUAGUACGAAUUCUUGAUGUGAGCAGGCUUAGAGAGUCAGACACAAUUUUGACCAUUUCUUUUUAGACUCAUCAUUUGAUCGGAUUGGAAAUGAAUAUAUAUUUGACACAAAAUUGGAUUGGAUUGAAAAAUGUUUUAUUUAAUUAUUAUUACUUAUAGUGUUUCAAAAUAAUAUUUUAUUGUUGUUGAAUUAAUCAUGCAAUGUGAUGAGGUGAUGUCAAUAACGUGAAUUAGAUUGUAUCCAGUAAAAUUACUGUGAAUUACCGUGCUGUAUACAACAUUACAUUCAGUUCUGCUAGUGUUCAAUUCCCAACAGUCUUCAAUUCAUCGGUUUUGUGUUUCUGAAGUGCUUCUAUUUUGUAUUUUUUACAUGGAAAUUUUGUUUUCCGUUACAUAUUCUGUACACUGGAAAAAAAAAGAUCAGUAAUUCAUGGCAACUUAUGUUUUUAUAUUACCUACGUUAUCAAAAUAAGCUUUUAUGAAGUAGUUUUUAAGAUUUUCAAAUCAACGUAAUUUAUGUUGAAAUGACUGAAGUUUUUAAGUUGAAAUAGGUGGAUUUCUUUCUUUUUCUACAGUGCAGAAUAUGUAUUGAAACAUUUAAGAUUCAGUGCCUCUUGCACUUACUAUAUUCUCCUUGUUUCUUUUCUUUUGAUGUUUUGAAAGCCUUUAUUUUGAAGAGUGAGGUGCUGCUGUGUGGUUUCACUCGCAGAAAAUAAAGCUACAGAAGCUGUCACUGUGAUGCUAUUUAUUUGAAAAAGGUACAACUUUGUAUCUUAUUUCCCCCUAAAAAGUGCAUUUUAGUACCUUAAAGGUACAUAUCAGUACAUAAAUGGUACAUUUUAGUACCUUUUAAAAAGAUGCUGGCCCAUUGGGAAGGUUUGUACCUUUAAUUCUGCGAGUGUUGUUAAUGUGUGCCCCUGUGGCUUCACUGGAGUCCUCUCGCUGUCCUUCAUUCACCAUGUGUCCUUUCUGUAUCUGAGUACGUCAGCUUCAUCCGAGCUUAGAGAAGAGCUGUGUUUAUUUUUCUAUCUGUGGUAAUGGAAAGUUAACCAGAAGCAGGAACAUCUGUCCUGGUGCGACACACAUUUACCUGUUAAAAAGUGCCUGAAGCAUCACGUUAAUCUGUCUCCUUGUAUACUAAAAAUGAGAAAAGAAACAGAAAAAGGUUUUUUAUUAUUAUUAUUUUUAUUGAAAUUACCCUAUUGUAUUGAUUAGUUUUGUUUUUUACAAUGCACAUUUUUACCUUUAAAAAAAAUCUAUAUCAAGUGUAUGAUGUACAUUUGUGUUUUUAUUUCAAAUUUUUUUUAUCGUUUCUAACAUGUACGAUCAAUGUAGCUCUUGAUUUUAGGAAAAGAUGGAAAGAAGAAAGUACGUUGUAAAUAGCAGUUGAUGGUAUGGGAGCUACAUGACGCUCUGCAGUUCUACAUGUCUGUCAUAGGUCCCAAUAAAAAUGAAAGAAACCUGUAA